AUGGCGUCGCAGGCUCAAGUGAUCCAACAGAAGUUUGACAAGUUCAUGCGUCAGCUCGACACGGAGCUCUCGAAGUACCCUAGCCUGAACCGCUUCGACAAGCACCUCCCUGUGCCGAAGUCGUACAUUGUGUGCGGUGCUCUGGCUAUCUUGACCUUCCUGAUCUUCUUCAACAUUUGCGCUGGCUUCCUGACCAACUUCAUCGGCUUCUUCGUGCCGAUGUACUUCUCGCUCGCCGCCCUGGAGACCCCCCAGCCCCAGGACGACAUUCAGUGGCUCACGUACUGGGUUGUGUUUGGCUUCUUCAACUUCCUCGAGACCUUCAUCAGCUUUGUGCUGUACUGGUUCCCCUUCUACUACACUUUCAAGACCCUCGCGAUUGUCUGGCUCGUCCUGCCCCAGACCCAGGGUGCGAAGCUCGUGUACUACAAGCUCCUGCGCCCUGCGUUCCUGGCCGUGCACGGCUCGCAGGCCAGGACUCCCGCGACUGUCGACGCUACCAAGCCCGGCUUCUCGGCUGCUUCGACUGGCGUGCACACCCAGUAA